GAAAUAGGACGAAUAGUAAGUUCAAGUAUUCAGGGAAGAAAGAUAAUGACCACUUUAUUCGCAGCCGCCGUUGUUUGUAUUCUGGCGCCAUAUGUCAUUGGACUGCCCUUCAACUCCGGCCUUGAUCUGCAAUGGGAGCAAUUCAAGCUGAACUAUAGUAAACUAUAUGAUCCCGUAGAUGAGGCUGCAAGGCGAAUAAUUUGGGAAGAGAAUUUGCGGUAUAUUGAGAAACACAACGCGGAAGCAAAACAAGGAAAACAUACGUUCAUUCUCGGAAUAAAUGAAUAUGCUGACAUGACCUCAAAUGAGUUUGUGGCGGCUAUGAAUGGAUACCGACAUGAAAAUUUAAAGUUUGGAAUAUGCCAUUUAUAUGUAAACCCAGCGGACAUUUCUGAUCUCCCAGAUACUGUCGACUGGAGGAAGCAAGGGUAUGUUACAGAAGUCAAGAACCAGGGUCAGUGUGGCUCAUGUUGGGCCUUUUCUGUAACAGGAUCACUAGAAGGACAAAAUUUCAAAAAGACCGGAAAACUAGUUUCUCUGUCAGAAAAAAAUCUCAUGGACUGUUCGAAAAGAGAAGGCAACCAGGGUUGUGACGGAGGACUUAUGGACAAUGGGUUUGAGUACGUAAUUAAGAAUAAAGGCAUCGACACAGAGGAAUCCUAUCCUUACAAACCCGAGGACGGAAAAUGCAAGUUUAACCAGGCAAAUAUCGGAGCGACGGCACAAGGAUGUAAAGAUAUAUGGAAAGGAUCGGAGAAUGAGCUACAGAAAGCAGUCGCCACUGAGGGUCCAAUCUCUGUUGGUAUUGACGCUAGUCAUCCUUCGUUUCAACUCUACAAAUCUGGCGUGUACUACGAUGAACUGUGCUCGACAAGACAUUUAGAUCACGGUGUACUUGUUGUCGGGUAUGGUAAUGAGCAAGGGCAGGACUACUGGCUUGUUAAAAACAGCUGGGGACCUAAAUGGGGACAGGAAGGCUACAUCUUAAUGACUCGAAACAAACGGAAUAAUUGUGGUAUUGCCUCACAAGCCAGCUUUCCUACCAUGUAAUAAACCAUGUAAUAAACGUACUAUAUAUAUAUCAGAAAAAAAGAAAAAUUGAAAACGUGA